CCGCACUCAUAGUUUGGUGUUCGUUCGCCGAAAUUGUUGCUCUUUCUUUCGCGGGUAGUUUUGUUUCUUAAUAGCCGGACUUUGGGACCAAAAAAAAAAACCGCGGAUAUCCGUUCUGUUGAUGCGCGUCUUCGGGUGGCGUGAGGUUCUAGGAAGUGUAGUGAUUUUUUGAUGAGUGAAAUACAUUGAAUUUGUUCAUCCGAAGGAGAACGGCUUUCGAUUUUUUUUGUGUUGACUCGCAGUAAAAGUGACAAAUUUGCGUUCUGGCUCGCGAACCAAAGGAAGAAAUUUGUCUACAGACUUGGAAAAAAGUUUAACUCGCUGAAAAAAUGAACCACAGAGCGAAGGCCUUAGUGGGCCUGCUUUGUUUCGGGCUGGUCUCUGCUCAGCUCAACUAUCGGCCCGAAUUCAUUUCGGCCGGCCAGGGCUUUCAAUCGGCCGCACAAUUUCAAAGUAAAUCUCUAUUCAAACGUCAGGCUGGUGAUGGUACUGAUGUCAUACCGCAUGAUAUGAAAAAACAAACUACUUUCUGGUGGGUUGCACCAGACGCUCCUUUCAAAGCUACUAAAAUCGGUGGCGGUGUGCAGGAGCCUCCACCAGGAGCUGCUGCAGGUGCUGCCGGGGCUGCGGGAGCGGCUGGCGCUGCUGGAGCCUCGGGAGCAGGUGCGGGACAGGCUGGGGCAUUUGGUGCUACACAAAGCGGCUUCCAGUCUUCGGCGUUCGGUGCCACCGGACAAACUGGCCAGGCUGCCGGAGCAACACAGACGAGUGCAUUCGGAAGUGCUGGUCGCACCACCAUCUCCCGGACGUCAACCGCUACGACAAGAAACUUUGCAUCAGGUGCAACCGGACAAGUAGGUCAGACGGGGGUAGUAGCGGGUGGUACCAGAACCAAUACGAUCACUGCUACUAAUCAGGUAAGUUCAGGAAUAGGAGGAAUUGGAACAGCACAAACAGGAGUGACGGGAAGAGUGAGAACGACCAGCAGCUUCAGCAAGACAUCGCAAACCACAUCGACCGGUGUAGCUCCAGUGCCUGUCCCGGGCAGCGUCCGCACGAAUACCGCCAACUCUAUUUCUAGAAAUACUAACACAGCUAUUACUACAACUAAUACGCAACAACAGCAGCCGCCUCCUUCUCAAACUAAUAUCGCUACUGCUACUACUACUGGAACGGCAACCCGUACUACUACUACAACCGGGCAAACCGGGCCGCCUCCUCCUCUUUUGCCAAGUCAAGGAGUGGGAGGAUCAAGCAUAACCAGAACACAGGAACGUUCCAACACUGGUAUCACCAGUCACACCAUCACGACCGGUGUCAAUGUGCAACCGUUCUACAAAAAGACCACCGUUACCUCAUCCGGUUAUGACUAUCCGGUUCCGCAAACCGUUCCCUGCUACGAAGCCAACAAGGUUUGCACGCCGAAUGAAUACUGCGUGAACGGUUUCGUGGACGAGGAUCAGCUGAGCUUGUUCAACACCAACAACCAGAAUUGCAACUCAGCCAGCGAGCAGUGCUGCAAGAUCCGUCCAGCACCGCCACCUCCGCCAGCAACACAGUGUCCGGACGAGAGCUACGUCUGCGUAGCGCCCAGCUUAUGCAACAACGGUUUACUGAACUUUGAUGCGCAGAAUGCAAUCUCGUCGCAGCAACCGAACGGCCAAUGUUUCGCCCCGGAAGUGUGCUGCCGAUCUCAAUCUCUAAUCUCCGAGUCGACCGUGCUGACGAACGAAGGAUACGUUGUAAGAGUACCAAACAAUCAAUACCUUCCACCGGAAGGUCAAAACACAAACACCGACAUUGUAACAGCAGCACCACCACCACCACCACCACUACCCCAACCACGACCCACUACACCUCGACCACCACCACCACCACCAACACCCACACGUUACAUACCACCACCAACCACUACACGUUAUGUGCCACCACCAACCACCAAUCGCUAUGUACCGCCAUCAACCACGAAGAGGUAUUUCCCACCACCACCACCACCCACCACGCGCCCACCAUUCCGUGGUAAUGAGUAUGUUCCACCAAGGGAAGAAAUUCCAGCACCCUCAAACGAAGAUGUUAACGCGGUAAGACCUCCACAGGAUGAAGUCCCGAAUCCAGCCAACGAUACACCGAUUGCGAUCCGACCGAACCCACCACCACGCCCGGCCCAACCACCGGUCGGAGGAGACGCUCCACCACCACUACCGCCCAUAGGAUGCUCUGCAGCCAUGAACUGUACCGAGACCCAAUUCUGUUCUUCGACCGGUGUCAUCUCGAAGACUCCCGUCGUGUUGACUCCGGAGCAAGAGUUGUUCCGCGUUCCGGUCACCGAAUGUCGUAGUCCCGAUAAGGGCUUCACCGGAGUGUGUUGUCGUGAUCCGGACUAUGUAGACCCGUGGCCCGUAGGAAUGCUUGGUUUGUAUAAUCCUGAAUUGCUUCCUUUCGACGAUGGUUCCUAUAAGCCCAACGGAAACAAUGGUAACGGUAACGGAAACAGUAUAUCACGAACGCAAACCACACGCAACGAAGCGAUUCAAGGAGCUCAAAGCCGAGUCACACCAGCUCAAACUUUCGCACCGAAUCAAUUGACAAGUGCCAGUCAGUUUACCCAGUCUAAAUCCCAGUACGACCGGGGAGUAACGGCAGCAGCUUCCACCGGUUCAGUAGUGACAGUACAACAGCAGGUGAACGGAGGCAGCACCGGUGCCAAGCGGUUCACUGCCGGAGGUCUACAGUUCGUACACAGUGGAAACACCAAAUUUAAACCGUUCCAGAAAUCUUCCGGACAGUGUGCCCCAAGGAAUUACAAUACCCAACCUCGAGGAGCUGGUCAGUGGGAUACCGGAUUCGGAGAGUUCCCUUGGCAGGCGAUGGUCAUCCUUGAGUCCAACAAAUCCCUUCUCUGUGGAGGAGCCAUCAUUGCGGAGAAUACUGUUGUGACGGCUGCCAACUGUGUCUACGGACUAAACCCAAGAGACGUCAUGAUCAAGGGAGGUGAAUGGCGGUUGGGAGUCGAUGCGGAACCGAAGACUUUCCAGAUUGUGCGUGUGAAAAACGUUGUUUAUCAUCCAGCCUACCAACCGGACACUCUGAAUUACGACGUUGCCAUGCUGAUUCUGGAAGACCGUCUCCGAUUCGAUACCCACAUUGGUGCAAUCUGUCUCGAUGAGAAUGAUGUCGUGCCGAGUGCUUCGUACGAAAAUUGCGUCACCACUGGUUGGGGACGGGAGGUGUUGAGGAUUCACAUUGGAAAUGCCCUGAUGCAUUAUAUGCCGAUCUCGCUGCUAUCGGAAUCGGAGAGUCAGCGUCAACUGCAAGCAAACGGAUUCACGCCGGAGUCACACCUCUGUGGCCGUCCGGUGGCCGACGCCUGUGAGGUAGAUAUCGGUAGUGCUUUGGCUUGCGCGGACACAAGCGGAACGUACUAUCUGAAGGGCGUCUACUCGCAGGACAAUGGCUGUGGCCGGCCGGAUCAGAUCGUGUCCUUCACGAACAUCGACGUUCAAUGGAUCAAGCAAGCUCUGAAGAACCCGAAUCAGUUUAUCACUCCUGUACCGAACUACAUAACGUCAGCCAACAGCCCGGUGGUCAGUACAAUACAGCAACCGUCCACACUGGGGCCCAAUUACGGCAAGGCCUAUCUGCCACCGUACAAAUAAGUCAAACAAUCGCUGAGAUAUGAAAGAAUUUACUAAAUGUUCUAGAUAAAAACAGAAACUAUGCUAGGCGAUAGAUAUGACGAAAUGACCACUGUUUUAUCAUACCUAUGAGUACAUCCUACCGUCAAUCAUUUACCUCCCAAAUGAAUUUUAAAUUUAAGUUUUUUUAAAAAGCAUCAUGUUGUGAUUUUUUACUAAAACAUCGGAUACGCUCGGAUCGGAUUCUUCAUCAGAACAAAAGCAAAAAGGGGACCAUUCACUUACAAGUUCACACACACCCAGAACGACAGUUUCGCCUAGGCUAAUCUUUAUCAGUGAUACUAGUGAUCUGUAAACGCAGAUCGUCUCGGCAAGCAACACCUACCAAAACCCAUUCUAUUGAUUGUUAGGAAGCUAAAACCAUUCUUCGAUUCAAGUAGAAUUUCAUGGCCCGAACACGUACCCUCUCCUUCAUGCAAGUAUCCCAAAAAAUACAUUUCGCCAUGUACAAAGUCCAUCUAUUGCUAAUAUUUAGAUUAGAGAGCUAUUUGUUUUACACUGCAGGAGGUCCUUCGGCAAACAAUACGUUAGAAAUUCAUAAGCAUUAGUUGAUAAAUGGAACAUUCCCGCCACAAUGGUUUGCUAGUGUUGGCGGUAAUUAUUUAUAGCCUAGUUGGAGAUUUUUCUUUACCCAAAGUCAAAAUUACAAUCGAAAAUAAAAUACAUACACACACCCACACGCGGUUUGGAAACCAUUACCUUUUUCUGUAAUCUUUCGGAAGCUAAAUAUUAAGUAAACAUCACUACAGCAAAGUGUGAUUCAUGAUACGGAAGUUAUAAGAACAGUAUGCAUUUUUUGUUUAAAUAUUCGGUCGUUUUUUCGAAGCUGGAGUAACGAAAUAGAAUGGACAGGAUCGAUUGAUCUACUAGUUCUGUUGGACAACUGAUUGAACCGAAACAACGGAAAACGAUGAGUCUACGGGUGUUACAACAAUAUUUUCGAUUUGAUCGACAUGACGAAUGCAGAACUAGUUGUUGAAUCAGAUUUGUUCAGAAGAUGAUGGAUACAAUGACAAUUAUAAAAAUAACGUAAACAUACUUUUAGAAUUAUUUAAAUACCUGUACAUACAACGUAAUAUAAGAGAUUUUAUAAGAAUA